UUCAAAAAACAACCACCCGCCUUUUAUUUUGAAAUGGAUAUUAGUUCGAUAUUGAAUUAAUUUGAUAAUUGCAUAUUUUAAUAUUUACCGUAAAUGAACAUUAAAAAAGAGGCCAUUCCUUUAUUUGUUACCUUUGUGAAUCUAUUCAAAAAAAUUAAGUUAAUCAAGUGACGUAUGUUAUUUCACAUGGAAAUAUCGAUGAAAAAAUAUGUUGUAACGAAUCUUCUAUAUUCUUGUUAACAUUAAUAUAUAUAUAAUGAUUCGUUUAUAAAUUUUUUAGAUCGUAUCUCAUGUGAAAUGAAAUGAAAUUCGAAUAUAUCGUGCUAAACUAUUAUAUUGUCUUAUUAUUGUUUUCGUUUGUUUACUUUUAUUAAAGAUAAUCAAUGACAACAUUUACGUAUGAUUAUUUUUUAUUAGUUUAUUUCAGUUAAGAAGAUGUGUGGGUGUUAGUCUGUUCUGAUAAGUGACAUCGAGAUCAACAUCCACAUCCUAGUCGAGACUUCCUAGAAGAAUCCUCGGAGGAAUUCCUGUCGUGAGUCCCUGGGGGUGGUAAAAGGGGAUUCAGGGGACUUCGUGGUGACUUCUUUGGGACUCCUCAGGGAAUUGAUAAGUAUUAUCCGGAUCUCUCAGGGAAACCACCAUUAGAAUUCUCUGAAAACUUCAAAUUUAUGAAAAUUUUAGAGGGACUCCAUAGAAUUUGGGGAUUCUCCGGGGAGUUUUAGGAGAUUCCUGAGAUAUGCAAUUCUCCCGAGGACUCGCGACAGGGAUUCCCCGGGGAUUUCGCAUUUUUCAGGGGCUUCCCAGUGAUUUCGUUGGGGAGAGCCGACUAGGGCACCCAUACCCACACCCUACACCCUCUAUAGUUUCACUUGUAUCCAUUCCUUCAUCAAAAACAUAAGUUGGAACUUCAACAAUUUCUAAGGCUGUUCCCAUUGUAACAUCAAAUUCAUAAUAGCAAUUAUGGUUAAUCAGAAUUCAACUUAUUUAGAAGAAACGAGCUAUUUAUACAGGAAUAGACAAAGGGACGAACAAGGGGACGAUAUCGAGAAUCUUCUUCACCUUUGUUACAUGGAGAAUAAAGAGAGAACACAAUGUAUUCAUCUUUAUAUGUAACUGUAAAAGAUCGAACAACUACACUAGAAUAGAAAAAGUAGGUUAAAAAAAACAUGGCAUCCAUCCAUGAUACAACUUAUGUAUACAAUUAUCGAGGAUUACCAUAUAACAUAGUAUGUUGACUUAUGAUGUCGUCAUCAGUCAAUGUGGACAAUCGCUCAUCUGUUUAAAUCAAAAUAUUUUCAUAGAAAAAAAUAUGUGAUUACUGAUAAUAAUACUACUUUUUACUGAGUAAAUGAAUUUUUUAAUCAGCAAACUGAAUUGAUUACGGAAACUUUAAUUUUAAUACUGAUCGAUUUAUUAUUUUACUGUGCAAGUAAUAAAUUAACUGAAUAAACGAAAUAGUUAUUGAACAUUGAAUUUUGGACUGAUCGUUUGAUUUCUUUACUAAACAUUUGAAUACAAUACUGAACAAAUUUUACUGAACAUUUACAAAAAAAUACUAAACAUUUAAUUUGUCCCCAUUAGUUAUUACAACGACUUGGUCUUACACUUUGGGCUGAUCGACCAGUAACACAAUAUUCUGGUAGUAAUAAACGUAAAUUAUCAAUAGCUAUUUCACUUAUUGGUAAUCCAUCGAUUAUAUUUAUGGAUCAACCAACAACUGGAUUGGAUGCACGUGCAAAAAGAUUUUUAUGGAAUUGUAUAUUAACAUUAACUCGUAAAGAUCAUAAAUCAAUUGUAAUAACUUCUCAUUCAAUGGAAGAAUGUGAAACAUUAUGCAAUCCGUUUUUGUUAGGUCUUGUUAUUAUGGUUAAUGGAGAAUUUAAAUGUCUUGGUAGUGUACAACAUUUAAAAACAAAAUUUGGUCAUGGUUAUAGUAUAUUUGUUCGAUCAAAUAUGAAUAAUAAUACGAAAAAUAUUAUUAAUUAUAUAAAAGAACGAAUACCAAAUGUUGAUGUUAUAGAAGAACAUUAUAAAAUGAUACAUUUUUGUGUAUCAACAAAUAUUCGAUUAUAUAAAAUAUUUAGUAUUUUAGAAAAAGCACGAGAAAAAUUAGGAAAUAUAAUUGAAGAUUAUACAGUUACACAGAUUACACUUGAUGAUGUAUUUGUUAAUUUUGCUAAAAUACAAGAAGAAAAUCAAAUAUUAGAACAAAUUAAUAUUAAUAAUAAUAAUAAUUCUUUAAAAAAGAAUUUUUUAUAUGAAUUCUUUUUUCGAAAAAACAAAAAUAUUAUUGAAUCAACUAAAUUUUAA